AUGGACCAUUUUCCUGGCAAUUGGGGUAAUCCUCGUAGUAGAGACAACUCUCUAUUCGAUUCUACUGCAGACUGGUUUCCUGGCCGAAACUCUGUCAACACACCACAUGUUUCUUCCAUGCCAAUUACCAAGACAUCACAACCAGUUGUAACUGGUACUUCAGUACUUGGCAUCAAAUUCAAAGAUGGCAUUAUGAUGAUAGCAGAUAAUUUGGCUUCAUAUGGGUCUCUUGCUCGUUUCCGUGAUGUGGAGCGUAUCAUUCCAGUCGGCGACUUUACCGUCAUGGGUGCAUCUGGAGAUAUAUCAGAUUUUCAAGCCAUCAAGCACAUGCUGGAAACUCUCAUGAUUAAAGAAUACGAUAUAGAUGACGGCCACAAAAUGUCCCCUCACAACAUCUAUGAAUACUUGUCACGAGUCAUGUAUGGACGAAGAACAAAAGUCAAUCCUCUCUGGAAUUAUCUUGUGGUUGGAGGUUACAGGAAUGCGGAAAAGUUCUUGGGAUAUGUUGAUUUGCAAGGCACCACAUAUCAGUCUUCUACCAUUGCCACUGGUUACGGAGCCUAUAUCGCUCAACCGCUCUUACGAAAAGCUGUAGAAGGACGUGAAGAUACCCUGACCGAAGAAGAAGCCGUCAAGCUGCUGAACGAUUGUAUGCGUGUACUGUACUACCGUGAUGCUCGAUCUUUAAACAAGAUGCAACGCGCUACUGUGACAGACAAGGGAGUCACCAUCACUGCUCCUUAUGAACUCGAAACGGAAUGGGCAUUCGCAGAAACAAUCAGAGGCUAUGGUGCAGUAUAUGGCCAGUAA